GUCCAGAGGAGGGGGAGGGAGGAGGAGUAACCGGACACCGACUCUCGGAGCGGCUCCUGGCCGCUCAGAGCGCAGCGGAGCCCGGCAGCAGCAGCACGGAGCAGCGGGGACAGGGACAGAGUCAGACCGAGGAGCAGAGCUGAGGAGCGGCGGAGGCUCCGGUCCUCCCUGCCCGGACUUUAACCGCUUUUUACCGCUUUCAUCUACCGCUCCCGUCGCUCCGCCGCGCGCGGUGGAGAAAUAACGGAGUUACCGUGAAAGUGGGUGAAGUACCGAGCCCGGUGCUUCACCGGCAGCCUGACAGCCGCCAGCAUGAAGAAGAACAACUCCGGGAAACGGGGUCCACAGGACUCGGUGUCUCAGAACCUGCAGCCUGAGAAGCUGGGCUGGAUCAGGAAGUUCUGUGGUAAAGGGAUCUUCAGGGAGAUCUGGAAGAACCGCUUCGUGGUACUGAGAGGAGACCAGCUGUUCAUCUGUGAGAAGGAGGUGAAGGAGCUGGGUCGGGCCGAUGAGGUGCUGGACCUGUCGGACUACGAACGCUGCGAGGAAGUCCGCAAGAACAAGAGUCGCAGCAAAAAGAACCACAGCAAGUUCAGACUGCAGCGCUGCAACACGCCAGGGAACACGGUCCCAAACCUGGUCUUCCUCGCCGUCAGUCCUGAGGAGAAAGAGUCCUGGAUCAACACUCUGAACGCUGCCAUCACCAGAGCCAAAAACAGGAUUCUGGACGAGGUGACAGUAGAAGACUCUCAGUUGUCUCAUCUGACUCGAGAUCGAGUGAAGAUUCCUCACAACCGCCGACUGCCAACCAGAGGUCACCUGCUCGCUGUGGCCUCCACCUCCUCCUCAGAUGGGAUGCUGACUCUGGAUCUGAUCCAGGAGGAGGACAUUCCGUCUCAGGGCGCCAACGGCUGCAUGGACAAGUCCCAUCUCAGUCCGGACUGUCCCAGGUCCAAAACUGAUGGCGCUCUUUCCACCAGGACCGCUGAGGUUUCUGGGAAAUCCCAGAGCCUUCCCCGUGAGGUGGCGGUGGUGUGGGAGCAGACGGGUCCGAGUCAGACCCCUCAGCCAGGUAAACAGCUGAUGACGGCGGAGAAGAACCGCUGCGCCUCCAUGGACGAGAUCCUGUCGCAUUCAGAGACCAAAGCAAAGAACAAGACGGUGGUGACGUCCUGUUCACUGGCCUCGACGCCAACCGGCACCACCACGCCGAUCAACCAGCUGCAGGAACUGAUCAGCCAGAAGCUGGAGAAGACAGAGCGGCUGCUGACGGAGGUGCGGGGGGAGGCCGAGGGAGCGAGGGAAGGUGAAUGGAAGGAGCCGCCUGAAGCAGCUCAAGCCGAAGCCGAGAGACUCCUGAAGGAGGCGGCGGCGGCCUGGAGUCAGGCCCGGGAGGUGCUGGACGAGGUGAAGGAGCUGAGGGCGUUGUACCGACAACUGGACUCCUCCUCCCCCAUCACCCCCUCCAACAGCAGCAAGCAAAACCCCAGACCGCAAGAGCCUGAUGUAACCUGGAGAUACUGACUCCUUCUGGAGCGAACCGGUUCACGGUCUGGUCCUGGAGAACUGGAUGAACCACUUUAAAUUAUUUGGAUAAAUUCAGGUUUUGAUUUUUGGGAGAAACCAGCACCAGAAUCCUGCUUCCUGACACGGAUCAGAGACGUGAAACAUCUUCCUCAGAAAAGAAAACAUGUAGCGUCAGUUAAAGUCGGUUCUGUUGCGUCUUCAAAGAAAUCCUCUGUUUUCAGUUGCACAAACGUCCUCAGCAACAAACACUUUCAUCUCUUAUUGAAGGAAAUGAAAAUGUGCCAAUGAGCGUUUUGAGACGAUGAAAAACCUCAGAUACUUCAUCUCCAUCUGUCCAUGUUUGUUGCUCUGGAUCCUUUUUAUUUUACUCUGUAGUUUCUUUUUGUUGAGAUGUUGUGUCGUUAGUUAAAGAUGAAGUUUUCUGCAGCUGGAUUCUGGACUGAAGGACCAGCUGAUGGUACGAAUGCAGGGUUCAUAUGAAGGAGGAUUGAAUGUGACGAGGACUCAUCACGUUUAUUUCUGAUCUUAAAGCUGAUUAACCUUCGUCACCUGGAGAAUUUCUGGGAUAAAACUCUUCUGCACUUUGACGUCUGAUCAACAGGUUUCUGAUUAUAAACCACAGGAUGACCGAUGAACAUUCACCUGACUCAGAAAUGAAUCAACAGAGUCUGUGGGAAUAAUUAUUUUAACCUUUGGCUCCUUUACCAGCCUUUUCCCAGAGCUUUUGACUUCUUCAAGAAUCAACGAUCACGCUCAGACUCUAACGUCUUUAAAACCAGUUGAUGUGACUGGUUUUGGUCUGAGGUUCAGUUUGAAGGCAUCGGAUCAAAACCAGUUCAAACUGGAGAAAGACGGUGGAGGACUGACUGUAGGUCUGUAAUUACAGACAGUCUGAAGAAGGCUGUGAGACCUGGUUGAAAGCUCUGGGAACAGGUUUGAAGGUUUAAAGUUUAAAGAGAUUGUGUCUGUGAAUGUGAUCGUCAGGGAUCCACAGUGAUCGUCGGUCAGAUCAGUAGAUUUUGGGUUCCUCAGGCUCAGUUUCAGGCAGAACAUGAAUAUUACAAAGUGCAAAUGUGUCCGAGGAUCUGAGAUCUCAAACCGUCGACCAACAUCCUGAAAUCUGUGCUGAACCAGUUGUGGUGGAGCUUUAGCUGCUGGAUGUUCACGGUCGAGUAUCUUUCACUUCAGCGUUUUCACAUCGAGCUGAACGAACAGCUUCUGACUGAGGAACCAAACUCCACUGACGUUAUUCUGAUCGUAGAUUCUGGUCCAUGUUUCUGUGGGUACAGGUCUGGUUCCAGUUCAGUUCAGGUUUGUUUGGAUCCACGUGUUGUUGGACUUUGUUCAGGUUUGGUUCUGUGGUUUUUGUCCUGAGUGUUUCAGGUGUGUGAAUGUUUAUGAGACACUGGAGGCUGCAGGAGGAGAAACAUCAGCUUCACCUUCAGUGACAACAAAUCAUCUGAAACUAAUGAAUGAAUGAUUUCACUGUGUCACUUCCUGUCUUUAAUCAGGCUCAGUUUUAUUUCUGUUGUCUGUAUUUGAUCAUGAAAUCAGCUGUAAUUAUAGACUGGAGCUCCUCUGCAGGUUAAUACAAUCACUGAGAGAAGGUUUAUUUUUGUAAUCAGGACUUUUGUACGUCUCAGAUCAGCUGGAGAUCAGCUGGUUUCUGUUCUGUGUUUGUCUGUAGAUGAAGUGAAGCAAUAAAACAUGGAGGACGUCA